AUGGAGGCCCUUUCAAGACGAGAAGAGAUGCAGGUCAUGGAAGAUGCAAAGUCUCAAGCACUGAAGAACUGUGAUAGCUUUGUUAAGGACUUUGCCGAUUGUGCUACUGGCAGGACAUUCACCUUGCCUUUUGCCUGCAAAGGUAAACUCGGAGUCAUGCAAGAUUGCAUGAAAGGAUUUAUGUCAACAGAGAGAAUAGAUUCCAUGAAGCUCGACUUUAUCGCGCACCGCUCAGAGAAGGGUCGAGAAGCGGUGGAAGCCUUCCGGAAGACCAAGCGGGAGAAGGUCAACAGGAUGUUGGGUAUCAAGGAGGAGCAGUCGCCCUUAUAG